AAGGAAUAAGUUAUAUGUCCACACUCACAAAUCCCAACAAUUGUGCACAAAAAUAUAUAGAUCAAACUAUACAUACAUACAUAUAUAAAUAUGUAAAUUAUAGAUCUUUGGAACGCGUUGAAAGUCGAAGAUGCAAGAAGAGUCCAAUCGGUUGAACAAAUCCAGGACAUGAUCACUUCCAUUUCCAAUAUACACACACAUAUAUAUAUAUAGAGAGAGAGAGAGAGAGCAGAUAAGACUUCCUUUUACCCAAACUUUCUUUCAAUAACUUCAUCGGCAUAUCAUUCCUUCUUCUUCCCAAAUUCUUGAAUCCUAAGGCCAUGUUUGGUUUAAGUUUCUCAUUUUCCGAGAUUCUUUUAAGGUUAAAGAUUCAAUCUAUGGCGGCCAUAUUCAAACCCUAUUGAUUCAGGAAGCUAAGAACACAGAGAAAUAAAAAUGAAGUGUUUCUAUAAUUACUUCAAGGAUAGAAGCCGAGGGAGAGAGCAGAAAUCGGCGCCGAUUUCGAACAACAAUAAUUUAAUCAGUAAUAAUUACGGCGCAUCGGAGAUCAGCGACGGGACGGCGACAAAGUCCUCGGCGUCGGCUCGCAGCAUCCCGGAGCUGUACGAGGAGAAAGGCCAUAACCACCUGAGGGUUUUUACAUUCUCGGAAUUGAAACAUGCGACCAACAACUUCAGCAGGCUGCUCAAGAUUGGGGAAGGAGGCUUUGGCUGCGUCUAUAAGGGAGCUCUCAAGCCCGACAACAAUGGCGCCGACCCUCUUGUCGUCGCUGUCAAGAAACUCAACAGGGAUGGAUACCAGGGUCACAAGCAAUGGGUAGCCGAGGUUCAAUUUCUCGGCGUCGUCGAACAUCCGAAUCUCGUGAAGCUAAUCGGGUAUUGCGCGGUGGAUGCCGAGAGGGGCAUCCAAAGGCUACUCGUGUACGAGUACAUGACCAACAAGAGCCUCGACGAUCAUCUUUUCAACAAGUCGUAUCCGGCCCUAUCUUGGGACCGUCGAUUGCAAAUCGCUCUUGGCGCCGCUCAGGGCUUGGCUUAUCUCCACGAAGAAUUAGAGGUUCAAGUUAUAUACCGCGAUUUUAAGUCGUCUAAUGUGCUAUUAGACGACGAAUUCAAGCCAAAGCUUUCGGAUUUUGGGCUUGCUAGAGAAGGCCCCGAGGCCGGUCAUACUCAUGUCUCAACCGCGGUUGUCGGGACGUACGGCUACGCCGCGCCGGAUUACAUCGAGACCGGACACCUCACCACAAAGAGCGACGUAUGGAGUUUCGGCGUAGUCUUGUACGAGGUACUAACCGGAAGACGGUCCCUGGAGAGGGACCGGCCGCGGCCGGAGCAAAAACUUCUCGAUUGGAUAAAACACCAUCCGGUCGAUAGCAAAAAGUUCGUCACCAUAAUCGAUCCGAGGUUCGACGGGAAGUACUCCCUCGCCGCGGCACGUAGAAUCGCGAAACUAGCCGACGCUUGUCUUGUGAAGAGCGCGAAGGAUCGACCGAGGAUGAGCGAGGUGGUCGAGACGUUGAAACAAAUCGUGCGAGACGACGUGGACGGGGACGGGGACGGCCAUGCGGGCCCGAUGUGGAUGUCCGUCGACAACGACGAGGACGAGGAGGAAGAAAACGAGGAGAAGCCCCGCGGGGGAGCUGAGGAGUCGAGGCGGCGGCGGAUGGCCCAUUUGGCGAAGCUGAGCGAACACGUCGGCGGCGGCGCGAGCCGGCGGUGGCUGAUGAUGAUUCACCGGCCCAAAGUGACGUGAGCAACGUUUUCUUUAUUGUUCUUUUGUGAGAGUGUAAAUUUGAUCGUGGAUUUUGGUUUGUGUUGAAUUUGUCAUUUUAGGACAAUCUUUAGGCAGUUGUGUGAAUAUUGUCGAUGAAUAUAUCUCAUAUUCAACAAACAUGAAUAAUAUAAAAUGGGCCAUUAAUAUUUUAAUU